CAACCCAAAACUGAUUCAAAUCCCAAACCCCCAAAAGUACUUGAUGAGGAUUUCUUGGGUCCGGCCCAGUGUCUGAAUCAGAAAUACACAUGGCUGUCUUGCUCUAAAGUGUUUUGUCCUCCAUGGAGGCGAUGCAUCGGAGGACAGUGUGUCUGUAAGAUGCCGUACAAAUGUCCACGGCUGAAAAACACCUGUACUCUGGACGGAUCCGUGUAUUACUCCAUGUGUCAGGCCAACGCCAUCUCCUGCAGAACCAAGACGCCCACUUUCUCACACUUCAGCUCAUCCUGCAAAGCGGGAGACAAGGUGCAUGUGAGCGUCUCUAAGUCUCAUAACGUGGUCGAGAUAAAAACUCGUUUGGGGAAAAUGCUGGUAUGUGGCAAGGACUGGAAUAUGGCUGCAGCAAAUGUGGUUUGUCGAAACCCUCUGAAUGUCGACAGAGGAGCAGAGAAUGCGUCUAAAAUCAAAUAUAUAUCUCUUGGUAAAGCUACUCAAUGGCCAAAUGAGUGUAUGAGGAUUCGCUGCAUGGGAUCUGAGCUCUCAUUGGCCGAGUGUACGAUCCAUAAUCCAGAGCCAAUCACAGCAAACACUGAGGUGGCCGUCGCAAAGUGUUAUAAGGAGCCUACAGGCGAAUGUAAGAAGUUCAUCUGUGUGAACGGGAAGUGUUUAGGCCAUGAAAAAACCUGCAAUGGUGUUGAUGACUGUGGAGACAACAGUGACGAGAUGUGCUGCCAAAAAACUGACAAAGCAAGAUCAGAGACGCAGUGUGGCGUUCCCAAUAUGGAGUACGAGUACAAACAAGACGAUCACCAUUCACGCCGGAAACGUUUGGCAGGAUGGGAAGAGACCUUACCGACUCAGAUACAGUGGCAGGUGGCCAUUCAGGACGAAGGCCUGUUCCACUGCGGAGGGGCGUAUUUGGGCGGCUGCUGGGUUUUGACCGCCGCCCACUGUGUCAGGCCCAAACCGAAGUCCUUCCGAAUCUACUUCUCUCUCUGGAAAAACCAUCGUAAACAGUCAACGACGGACAUCAUCCCGGUGAAGAAUAUCAUCAUCCAUAAUGAAUAUAACCCUCAAACCUACGCGAACAACAUCGCUUUGGUGCAGCUGGAGGAGAUGGAUGUUUCGGGCAAGUGCAUGCAGGACAAUCCCGCGGUCCGAGCCGUCUGCGUGCCCUGGUCCACCCAACAGUUCCAGCCCAACGACACCUGCACCAUCUCCGGCUGGGGCCGCGAUAGAGCAUCGACUCUGAAAUGGGCAAAUGUGACGCUUAUCGGCGACUGCCAGAAUUAUUACAAGGACAUUUUCCUCCCUGGAAUGGAGUGUGCAGGUGACCUGGAGGGGAAGGUGGACUCGUGUCAGGGCGACUCCGGAGGGCCGCUGGUGUGUACAGACGCGUCUGGUUUGUCGUACGUGUGGGGAAUAGUGAGCUGGGGUGAUAAAUGCAGCAAACCCAAUCAUCCUGGCGUCUACACUAAAGUGGCGCAUUAUUUCGACUGGAUCCGCUUCUACACAGGCUGGCCGGCCGUUACCAAAUUUAACCAGUAAAACGAAGCAACAGACCAGUUCACAUUUGCUGAUUGAUGCUGUUACCGCAUGCUGUGUGCUUUUGGUUUUUCUCCUAUUAAAGUGCUG